GUAGUGCACAACUGUCCGUCGUUUCGCCGUUCCGUGUAGAAUUUACCGAUAGAUUAGUAGUAGUAGUAUUAUUAUUACUACUUCUUUUUAUUAAUAAUGGCUCGUACUAAACAAACCGCUCGUAAAUCAACCGGUGGUAAGGCACCACGUAAACAGCUAGCCACGAAGGCCGCCCGUAAGAGCGCACCGGCAACCGGAGGAGUGAAGAAGCCUCAUCGUUACAGACCCGGUACUGUGGCACUUCGUGAGAUCCGUCGCUACCAGAAGAGCACGGAACUUCUCAUCCGCAAGCUACCCUUCCAACGUCUAGUACGUGAGAUAGCUCAAGAUUUCAAGACCGAUCUGCGUUUCCAGAGCUCUGCGGUGAUGGCUCUGCAGGAGGCUAGCGAGGCGUAUCUCGUAGGUCUCUUCGAAGACACGAACCUUUGCGCUAUUCACGCUAAACGCGUCACUAUUAUGCCUAAGGACAUCCAGCUAGCAAGAAGGAUUCGCGGCGAACGUGCCUAAACGUAGAAGUGUCAAUGGUGUUGUUUUUUUAUAUGUGUAUGUACCUAAAUAGUUGUGUGUGUGUGUUGUUAUAAUACUGGAAAUUGUAUAU